CAUUUUGUUCCCUGUGAGAUUUGGGGUGAACUACAGUUUCCAAGCCUCACUUUCCUAUCAAUCGUUACGAAGAUUAAAAGGGAAAAUAUCAUUUGUAUCGCAUUUAGCAUCAGAAAUGCUUUAAUAAUAUUUGUUUCCCUUCCUUUCAGGCUGGAAGACUGGGGCCUGACAUCUCUGCCACAGGCUUACGCGAGGUUUUCACAGGGACUUGGAAAGGUGCAAACGGUUACUACGGCCAGGCUUACCCAAUUGUUAAGUGAAGAUAUUUUGGAGAGAGAGUGCUUAAAAGGGUUGGAAAAACAAACCAGUGAGUGGCUAGGACCACCUACUCCGCCGUUUUGCCCCGGAAAAGCCUCGCCGGCUGCCGGGAGGUGAAAGUCUGGAGGAACGGGAGGAAAAGAGAGGGGUGGCUGUCCACAACAGAAAACUACACAUCCCAGCACCCCCGCGGCAGACGACUACGGGUCCCAGCAGGUUUCGCGGGGUGGACCGAAGCGGGGUCGCUUGGGGCCUGCAGUUGGGGUUCAGCCAGAGGGGGCGCCGGGCGUACCGACGUAGCAGGGAGAAGCAGGUCGAGCUCUAACGGCGCUGCGCAGACGCCACUCACGGGCCGGACGUGACGCAGGGAAAGUUCCGGCUUCGGCCUCCGCCGCUGCCGCCGCCGCUGCUACAGCCGCCGCCGCCGCUGUUGCCGCGGCUUGUUAUUCCUAAAAUGGCGCCGCUAGACCUGGACAAGUAUGUGGAAAUAGCGCGGCUGUGCAAGUACCUGCCAGAGAACGACCUGAAGCGGCUAUGUGACUACGUUUGUGACCUCCUCUUAGAAGAGUCAAAUGUUCAGCCAGUAUCAACACCGGUAACAGUGUGUGGAGAUAUACAUGGACAGUUUUAUGACCUUUGUGAACUGUUCAGAACUGGAGGUCAGGUUCCUGACACAAACUACAUAUUUAUGGGUGAUUUUGUAGACAGAGGUUACUAUAGUUUGGAGACCUUCACUUACCUUCUCGCAUUAAAGGCUAAAUGGCCUGAUCGUAUUACACUUUUGCGAGGAAAUCAUGAGAGUAGACAGAUAACACAGGUCUAUGGAUUUUAUGAUGAGUGCCAAACCAAAUAUGGAAAUGCUAAUGCCUGGAGAUACUGUACCAAAGUUUUUGACAUGCUCACAGUAGCAGCUUUAAUAGAUGAGCAGAUUUUGUGUGUCCAUGGUGGUUUAUCUCCCGAUAUCAAAACACUGGAUCAAAUUCGAACCAUCGAACGGAAUCAGGAAAUUCCUCAUAAAGGCGCAUUUUGUGAUCUGGUUUGGUCAGAUCCUGAAGAUGUGGAUACUUGGGCUAUCAGUCCCCGAGGAGCAGGUUGGCUUUUUGGAGCAAAGGUCACAAAUGAGUUUGUUCAUAUCAACAACUUAAAACUCAUCUGCAGAGCACAUCAACUAGUGCACGAAGGCUAUAAAUUUAUGUUUGAUGAGAAGCUGGUGACAGUAUGGUCUGCUCCUAAUUACUGCUAUCGUUGUGGAAAUAUUGCUUCGAUCAUGGUCUUCAAAGAUGUAAAUACAAGAGAACCAAAGUUAUUCCGGGCAGUUCCAGAUUCAGAACGUGUUAUUCCUCCCAGAACGACAACGCCGUAUUUCCUUUGAGGCCUUCGCCCAUCCUGCUGACCCAUUUUUCUUCCCUCUUCUUACCCCAAUUUUCUUGUAUUACCCUCUAUAAUAUACUUUUUAUUGAGCACUUUGCUGCUGAAAUGCUGCCUCUUGCCUUUUUUUUUUUUUAAAUUUUAAAUUAUCUAAAUUUAUUGUUUGUUGUGGUGUCUAUAGCAAAGUUUUUCUAUCAAUUUUCCCCCAUCCCAUCCCCACCCUGGACUCAUUUGAGAAGACUUGAGAAAUGUCUUGAUACUCACACUGCUGCAUGUAGCUCUUGCUUAUUUACUGGUCUGGGAAACAGGAUGUGUUUCCUUUUUUUAAAAGCCAAUUGACAGAUUACACCUGAAUACUCCUCCUUUUGUAUCAUUCAGCCUUUUGUUUUAGUUUGGUAAGUUUUAAGAAAUUUCAGCAGCAAAGUUGUUAUUCAGUGGGCACGAUGGACUCCAAAUGCCUCAAGUUAUGUAUACCUGUCCCAGAUGUAAACUUCAUUGUCCUUUGUUGGAUGAUAUUUUAAAUGGAUAUAAAAUAAAUUGGUCUAAAGGGC